AAUCCUCGACGACUCCUCGCUAGCUCAGUCGCUUUCGUCUAACUUGAUCUCUCCAUCCCUCUCCGCGUCCCCUCGCUCGUCUCCGAUUCAUACUGAGAGAGGGAGGGCGAGAGAGCGAGCGAGAGGGAGUCUCGUGAUCGCCAGAACGCUGAGAUCUGGCUAAGGGAACUGGAAUUUUGGAUCUCCGGCGAGGAUUUCUAGCCUGCCAGGUAGCAGCGCCGGCUAUGGGAAGAUUCACCAGAAACGGCCUUGAUACUCUCAGAUAUUGCUCUGAUCUUGAAAGUUCAGGCUAGUUUGAGCAAUGACGGCAGAUUCGAGUGAUAUUUGUGUUGGAUCAAAGGUUGAAUUCCAGUUGGCGACAGGUCUGGGUUUACCAUCCGCGGGCGAUCGACAGGAAUUGAUUGAUGCUAAUGGCAUUGCGUGUUUGGAUGGUGAGGAGAAGAUCGAAGGGGGAAGUGGGAGAUCGAUCACGCUGGGGAAUGAUAAUUUGGAGGAGCCACAGGAGUUGGAUGAAAAAGUAGAUGUUGCACUCGUCGUGGAUCGAGAACCAAUUAAGGUGAAAGGAGAAAAUGGGAAAUUGAGUACGGAGAAUGGAGAUGAUUGUGAUGGGGCUGCUGAUGCUACAUUGAAUAUAGAUGUGAGUGAGGCCAAUGGUUGUGAUGAUACUGCUCCCUCUAGUGAUGUGGAAGAGGGAUUAGUUAAAUUGGAAUUACCUGGAACAAUGGCUGGGGAAGGAAUUGGUGAUGCAAUUGAGCAACAGCUGGAAAAUGAGAUGCUAGAUGAGAAGAAAAGGGACAUCAAAAAUGGAAUCUGUGAGGUGAAAGGAGAGAGGCGCAAUGAAGAUGGCCAUGUGAAGUUGAGCUUGGAGAAUGAACGGAGUUUCGUGGAGGAUACUAAUAAGCUAGGAGCUGCUAAUCCAGACUUGCAUGUCAUGGGAGCAGAAAAACAAGAAGGUGAAACCUUACUCGCAGAUAUGAACUUUGAAAAACUGGAAUCAAUUACUGAAGGGAUGGAAAGCAAUGCUUUGCUUGCAACAAUUGACAAACAUGGAAAUUCAGAAUUUUCUGUUUAUGAUGGCAAAAAUUUGGAAUUUAAGAGCAUGAGUAUUGAGACACAACAAGAAGAGGAAUCCAAAACAUCAGUUCUAGAUGAUGAUCGACAAGUAGAUGAAAUAGAGGUCAAACUCAACAGUAUCUACCAUGACCAUGGAGAGGAAACAGUUGAUAGGGCAGGUGAGAGUCGGGACAUUGUCACUUUUACAGAUGAUAAUAGCCAAGCAUGUAAGGAUGCUUGUGUUGUAUUGUUGAAGACAGUGUUGCCUCAAUCUGUGGUCACAACUGCAAAAGAGCAAGAACUGGGUGUUUCUGAAAGUCAAGUUAUGGAGACAAAAGAGCAAGAAGGUUCAGAAUCAGCUACUGAAGUAGAACUGGUGAUGGGACCUCAGGCUUCAAUGACUGUUUCUGCAAACCCAGAUAAUUUAAAAUCAGUUGGAGUCCAAAAAGAACAAAAGUUUGAGGGAUUGGUUACAGAGAACCCUUCGUGUAUAACUCUCAUAGAUGUUACUACACCUGAGAAUAGUACCUUGGUAGAGGAAUCUGUAGAAAAGGGUGACCCCAUUGGUGAAAGCGUGAUUGUUGAACAGUGUGCUGAUUUACAUCGUUCAAAAGAUUGCUUCAUCUCAGAUACAAUUUGUGUGGCUGAGAAAGAAGUGUUGCUGUCUCAAGGUCUGUCUGAUUCCGGUGAUCAAUUAACCAGGUCAAGGUGUCAAGAAACACAUCUUUCUGAACAGGAAGGUGCCAUCUCAAGUGAGGUAGAUGUACGCAGCCCAACAGAUAUAAAAGACAAGUUAAGCAAUGUGGUAGCUGGAAAUGGUACUUGUAUGACUGAAACUGAAGACAAUGUAACUGUGGAUGAUGUUGAUGCCUUCGAAUUUGAAGUCGCAAUUGCAAAGGAAUGUGUAGAAUCUAGCACUUCUUUUGUUAAUUUAAAUGAAGUGGAAAGGUUGUUGGAUAAUGAAAGUAAAAGUAUCCAAGGAGAAUCUGGAAUUACCGAGAAUAACCCAGUGUUAGUGAAAGACCCUGGUGGUUCAACUUUGGAUGGUGAAAAGCCGGACGCUGGUUUAGGGAAACCACAAGUAUGUUACAUAAUUAGAAUUCCAAGAUUCAUUGACAAUCAACUUUCGACAAACAUUCAAAUUGCACAGUCAGAAAUGAACGAGAAAACAGAAAGAAGGGAUUCUUUCAAAGUUUCUAUAGAAAAGCAGAAGGUGAUAUGUAAUGAUUUCUGGAAGAAGUUUGAAGAUGCAAAGGCAGAAACAAGAGUUGCAAGAGCUGCAGUUAAUGCCAAACGCCAGCAGAUGGAAUCUCUGCAAUUAAUGAUAAACAAGUGGAAAAAUGUGCAUUCAGUGGAGGAACUUGAUGCUAAGAUACAAUCAAUGGAAUUUGAGCUUCAACAUGUAACCAUACCAUUGAAAGAAGAAAAGAAAUAUAUUCAUGAGCUUAAACAGUUGAGACACCAGAGAGAUCAACUCACUUCAAAUUUGAAUUCAAGUGAAGAAAUAGAUGAGGCAUUUGAAAGUAAGGAACAGAUUGAAGAGCAGUUCAAGCUUUUGAAGAAGGAACUAGAUUCUCUUAGAACUGAGUUAUUGCAAGCUGAAGGUAAUGCAAAUGCUGCAAGGAAGAAUUAUGAUGUAGAACAGCAAGUUUUAAAAGGUCUUCAACAACAAUUCAGGGAUGCUGAUGCUCUUCGCCAGAAAGCAUAUGGACAUUGGCUAGCACUUAAGAACAUCUUAACUGAAAAAAAUAAACAUUUUAACCUGUACAAGAGUGAUCAGAUAUCUGCAGAAAGGUAUUUGUCUUCAAGAGAUUUACGUGGACUCCUGUCACACUGUAGCAAACAGGUUGAAAAUGCAAUGGCUAUGUGGAACAAUGAUGAGGAGUUCCGCAUGCAAUAUGUUAAAUCCAACAUGAACAGCACGCUUAGAAGACUAAGAACGGCUGAUGGAAGAUCCCUUGGUCCAGAUGAGGAGCCGCCAGUCAUGCAAACUAACCAGUUAAGAGUUACAGGCUCUUCUCCACAACAAAACAAAAUCAGCGAAAUUGUUCCACCAUCUUUGGGAAAAAAAGUUGAAACUUCCAAAGAAGUUGAUUUGUUUCCUGCUCCUCAAGCUGCAACUAACAAACCAUCAGUUAAACAGAAGAAAUCGGCUAAGCCUAUAUUAAAAGAGGUAAAAGAAAUUGUCAUCACUGGAGUUCCAGAUGAAGAAAUUGCAAUUGAUGAUAAGGCAAGUGUUCUAACUAAAGAGGAAGAGGAGCUCAAAAAAAAGGCAGAAGAAUUGGCUAAGAAGGAAGAAGAAUUGAGGAAAGAAAAGACUGCAGCUGGGUUAAAAGAACUGCAUCGUUUAGAGCAAAUUGCAAAAUUCAAAGAGGCAGAAGAAAGAAAAAGAAGACUAGCUGAGAAGGCGCAGGCCAGAGCCGAAUUCCGAGCACAGAAGGAAGCUGAACAGAGGGAGAAGAACCGAUCAAAGAAGCAGAAAAAGAAAGGUCUUGCAGUUGAAAAAACAAUUUCAAUUAAUGGUUCUGAGGAACACACUGCAGCAUCUAUUGAAAGUACUCAAACUACUCAGGAACUCAAUAUCAGAGAAACUCUUGCAUUACAAAAACCUUCAAUGCCAGUACCUGCUUUAAAGCAAUUCAACAAGGUGCAACCUAUUCCCUCAUCACUUCGUAAGAAGGUCAAGAGGAAGAUGAUGACCACAUGGAUGUGGGCUAUACUUACCAUCAUAUUGCUAGUCCUAUUUCUGGCGGCUAACUACAUCUCUUUCUCUGGUUACACCUACCAAUCACCCUGAUUUUUGAAGAUAUUCUAGCUCCAUUCAUCAUCAUACAUACAUAAAAUAUAGAUCUGAGUGGCAUCCAUUCUUUGUCCA